CUUCGUGUCUCCGGAAGUAAUUGUUCUAGAGCUGUCGCCAUGGCGGCCAGCUGUGCUGAGAAGCUGCAGCUUCUGUUUCGCCGAUACGAAGACUAUGUGAUCCGAAACCCUGCAGCUACAUCGCAGCUGGAGAACACGGUGCGCACGUUGUCAUAUUUGAUUGCGGGGCGCUUUGCAGAAUCCCACGAGCUCUCUGAAUUAGUCUAUUCAGCCUCCAAUCUACUAGUGUUGCUGAAUGAUGGAAUUCUUAGAAAGUCUUUGGCCCAGAACAUCCAGAUGCCUGUCUCCCGGCAGAGGCUGCUUACUUGGCUUACUGUACUUGAGUACAUUGAAGUCUUUAUGGAGAUGGGAGCUGCAAGAGUUUGGGGGCAAGAAGGACGGUGGCUGAUCAUUAUUCUUAUACAGAUUGCUAAGGCAAUCCUACGUAUCUUAUUGCUUUUCUGGUAUAAAACUGGAAUCCAGACAUCCCCACCAAUCAUUCCUCUUGAUAGAGAUAAGCAGCUCAGGGAUGAAGAGCAUACAAAAGAAGAAAAUCAGGAGCAGCUGCCAGUAGCUUAUGUCGGUCAUAGAUCUGGUAGAGUGAUGAGGUCUCUCUCUAAAUCAUCAUCUAUGCAUUCCACAAACUGGGAUUUAUCUGGACAAGAUGGGCUGGAAAAGGUGGCAGGUGACAGGAGCUAUCAGGCCUCAACACCACUUGGAAUGCAGGAAACUGUUGCAGAGUUCAUCUACAUUGGCCGUCCUGUUAUUCAUUUGCUAAGUCUUGGCAUUUGGGGAACAAAGUCCUGGAAGCCUUGGCUUAUUUCUGGAGUGCUUGACGUAACAAGUUUGGGCCUAAUGAAUGAUGUAAAGGUGCUCAACAGAAGAGAGCAAACAGAAAUGAGACGGAGGGCCUUUCUUCUCCUGUACUACCUUCUCAGAUCACCCUUCUAUGAUCAAUUCUCAGAGACAAAAAUACUUUUUGUACUUCGCUUACUAGCAGACUAUGUCCCAGGAUUGGGACUUAUUGCACGUCCAUUGAUGGAUUAUUUACCUGUGUGGCAAAAGAUAUAUUUUUACAAUUGGGGUUAAGGGUGCAUUUUUCACAAUGCCAGUCCAAUGCAACUGAAUGAGUGCCUUUGUUAUAAAAAUUAGUACUGAAAAUGACUCGGACUUAUUGAAAUAAUAAGUUAUAAUGGUUAUUGACUGUCUAUGUUAAAAAGUUUAAUUAACAUUUUGUUUUUUAGCCUGAUUGAGUUAAUAAAAUAUCUUGGUGACAUUUACUGAAUGUUUAUAGCAGCACAUAGAUGCCACUGCCAAUGAUUUGGCCUAAAAGAAAUUAGAGUAAAGGGUUACAGCUAGAAAUAAUGAAAGACUAAUAGCAGAAAUGCCAGAUUUGAUGUCAACCCUGUUCAGUCCUGUGAUUCAGUUCCAUUCUUUACAGCGCCCUUUACAAACUUUUUUGUUUUAACUCAGUUUUGUGUGCAGAUUUUAUUGAAAUAUGCAUGUAAUUGGUCAACUUUGCCGUCUAGACCAUCAGCAUGUAUACGUUACCCCUGAAACCACAAAUCCAGAAAUACAUGUACCUGUUCCAGUGACCAACGACAAUUUACAAUUAAUUUAGCAAAGUAACUAGUUACAUAAUUAGGCCUUUGCUUCCUUUUUAACAAGUUUGCAGAAACUUCAAGAAAAUCAAAUGAUUCAGCAUUUUUCUACAUCUGUAAAUGUCACCUUUGAUUUUUAAAUAUUCUGCAAGUAAUGGGUUUUAACAUCCACAAAUAAUCUAAAGGGUUGUGGUUAUUAUGGGUCAGCAGCCAAGCAGAUGAAAGGAAUUUUUUUCACUGUGUGAAAAAUGUACAAUUGGAUUUGCUCAUAAAUAUCAUGAAAGAAUAUCAAAUUAUACUGUAUUUUUAUUAUUCAAUUAAAGAAAUUUAAAAUA